CGAGCGGCUGGUACAGCCUCGGUCUUUCUCUCCUUAAUCCUUUUUUUGCGGUUGGAUCUCCGUUUCUCUCUAUGAAGGCAUUCAGAGUCCCUAUAAUUUGCCGUUGCUCCGCGGUGAAUCUGAUGAAUUCCUUAAUAUAUGUAGGUCAUUUGCGACAACAACGAGCUUUAUUCCUCCAGAACAAAAUUUUGGUGUAAUUCUGCUUAUUUGGACCGUGAGUUCGCGUUUGGGAAUUUUCUUUUUCACUGGACAGUACGCGAAGUUUUAGAUUUUUUCUCCUGAUACCGAUAUUUUUUGCCUCCCUCUUGAAGUCCAAAUCAAGGAAGAGGGCACCAGAUGGUGCAGACACAGCAAAGGCUGAUCAGUCAAGCAAGAGUCAGAUCGGGGAAGUAAGCACACCAGCAAAGACAGAGAACAAGGCUGUCCUUCAUCCGGCCGACAAGAGGGGCUUCCAUCAAGACAAGGCUGACAGCCUGGGAUGGAGAGUGCUGAGAGGUCCUGUCGGAUUGUUGGGCGUUCUGUCUGUCUGUCCAGCGUCAAAGCCUGAGACGAGGUGAUCGGGCUGUGGGAGAACCAUACAUUGCACCGCUCGCUCCACAGUGGACCAUGUCCAGGCCCAGGGGAAUUGUAUGGCCACCAGUCAUCUCCAGCCCCGUCUGCGUGAGGCUGAAUGUGAAUCUGUUUUUCUGGAUGGCUGCCCUGGCCGCACGAUUUACGCCCAUCAUCUCUCAACAAGCACAAUACACCGUCGUCACCACAAACUAUGGGAAAUUACGGGGAUUAAAAAUGCCGCUGCCUAAUGAGAUCCUCGGGCCUGUGGAGCAGUAUCUGGGGAUCCCGUACGCCUCUCCGCCCACCGGUGAAAGGAGGUUUCAGCCCCCUGAGCCGCCCUCCUCUUGGCCUGGUAUCCGAAAUGCCACCCAGUUUGCAGCUGUUUGCCCCCAGUACCUUGAGGACAGGUUUUUACUCAAUGACAUGCUGCCAGUCUGGUUUACCGCCAACCUGGAUACGGUGGUAACCUAUGUGCAGGACCAGAAGGAGGACUGCCUUUACUUAAACAUCUAUGUUCCCACAGAAGACGGAGCCAAUUCAAAGAAUCAAGGCGCUGAUAUAACCAGUAAUGAUGAUGACGGACAUGAAGACAUUCAUGAUGAGAAUGGCUUGAAGCCGGUCAUGGUGUACAUUCACGGUGGAUCAUAUAUGGAAGGUACAGGGAACAUGGUCGAUGGCAGCGUCCUGGCCAGCUACGGCAACGUCAUUGUGGUGACCAUCAAUUACAGACUAGGAAUUCUAGGGUUUUUAAGCACAGGGGACCAGGCUGCAAAAGGAAACUACGGACUGCUUGACCAAAUUCAAGCACUGAGAUGGAUAAAGGAGAACAUCCAGGCUUUCAAAGGGGAUCCUAAGAGGGUCACCAUAUUUGGGUCUGGUGCUGGAGCGUCAUGUGUAAGCUUGCUCACACUGUCCCACUAUUCAGAAGAUCUUUUCCAGAAAGCUAUCAUCCAGAGUGGAACAGCACUGUCCAGCUGGGCGGUUAACUACCAGCCGGCCAAGUACACGAGGAUGCUGGCGGAGAAGGUUGGCUGCAACAUGCUGGACACCAGUGACCUGGUGGAGUGCCUCCAGAACAAGAACUACAAGGAGCUCAUAGAGCAGAACAUCACUCCAGCAAAGUACCACAUUGCUUUCGGGCCUGUCAUUGAUGGGGAUGUAAUACCAGAUGACCCACAGAUCCUGAUGGAGCAAGGGGAGUUCCUGAAUUACGACAUCAUGCUGGGGGUCAACCAGGGGGAGGGAUUUAAAUUCGUGGACGGCAUCGUGGACAGUGAGGAUGGCGUGUCGGCCAACGACUUCGACUUUGCGGUGUCUGAUUUUGUCGACCACUUGUACGGGUACCCGGAGGGGAAGGACACUCUCCGAGAGACCAUUAAAUUCAUGUACACGGACUGGGCCGACAAGGAGAACCCGGAGACCCGCAGAAAGACACUGGUCGCGCUUUUCACAGAUCACCAAUGGGUGGCGCCGGCCGUGGCCACGGCGGACCUGCAUGCCCAGUAUGGCUCGCCCACAUACUUCUAUGCCUUUUACCACCACUGCCAAAGCGACAUGAAGCCCAGCUGGGCAGACUCGGCACAUGGAGAUGAGGUUCCGUAUGUCUUUGGGAUCCCCAUGAUCGGGCCCACAGACCUCUUCAACUGCAACUUCUCCAAGAAUGAUGUCAUGUUGAGUGCUGUGGUCAUGACCUAUUGGACUAACUUCGCCAAAACUGGAGAUCCAAACCAACCAGUUCCCCAGGACACAAAAUUCAUCCAUACGAAACCAAACCGCUUCGAAGAGGUGGCCUGGUCCAAAUACAACCCUAAGGACCAGCUGUAUCUGCACAUCGGCCUCAAGCCCAGGGUCAGGGACCACUACAGGGCCACCAAGGUUGCCUUCUGGCUGGAGCUGGUGCCGCACUUGCACAACAUAAACGAACUGUUCCAAUACGUAUCGACAACCACCAAGAUCCCUCCGCAGGACACCACCCCUUUCUCAUACACCAAGCGUUUCCCAGGGAAGUCGUGGCCGUCCACCACCCGCCACCCUGUCGUCCCUCCCGCUAACACCAAACAGAUGACCGACCAGCAGAAGACGGUGGACCCAGGCGAGACUGCGGUCAUCAUCGAGAACAAACGAGAUUACUCCACGGAGCUCAGCGUCACGAUCGCCGUGGGCGCCUCGUUGCUCUUCCUCAACAUCCUAGCCUUCGCGGCGCUUUACUACAAGAAGGACAAACGCCGCCACGAGUCCAACCGCCGGCCGAGCCCGCAGCGGAACGCCGCCAACGACAUCACCCACAUCCAGAACGAGGAGAUGAUGUCCCUGCAGAUGAAGCAGAUGGAGCAUGACCACGAGUGCGAGUCCCUGCAGGCCCAUGACACGCUGAGGCUCACCUGCCCGCCAGACUACGCCCUCACGCUGCGCCGCUCCCCAGACGACAUCCCGCUGAUGACCCCCAACACCAUCACCAUGAUCCCCAACUCCUUGCCUGGGAUGCAGCCCAUGCACACGUUUAACACCUACACCGGCAGUCAGAACAAUGCCAACCUCCCCCACGGACACUCUACCACGCGAGUAUAGCUCUGUGCGAGCAGCUGUUCUGGCCUUGGGCAGAACACGAUUUAUUUAGUAAAAAAAAAAAAAGAA